AUGAAGGCUUACCUCUUCUCCCUCCUAAAACCCCAAACCCUGUCUAAAGCCACCAAGCUCCUCCCUCACCAACACCACCAAUGUCGCGGCAUCAUUGCCAAGGUCCGCCUGAAAUGGGUCAAGAACCGAACCUUAGACCACAUCAUCGACACCGAGACCGAUCUCAAAGCCGCCUCUCUCCUCAAGGACGCCAUCAAGCGAUCCCCAACUGGCUUCCUCACCGCGAAGUCCUUCGCCGAUUGGCAGAAGCUUCUCGGCCUCACCGUCCCCGUUCUCCGCUUCAUGCGCAGGUACCCUACUCUCUUUCACGAAUUCCCACACGCCCGUUAUGCCAACUUGCCUUGCUUUAAGUUAACGGACACAGCACUAUUGCUAGAUUCACAAGAACAGAACAUACACCAAACCCAUGAGAGUGACACUGUUGAGAGGCUUAGCAGGGUUCUUAUGAUGAUGAAAACCAAGAGUUUGCCUCUGCAGUCUUUGUAUCCUUUGAAAUGGGAUUUGGGUUUGCCUGAUGGGUUUGAGAAAGUGUUGGUUCCUAAGUACCCGGAUUGUUUUCGAUUAGUUAAGGCCUCGGAUGGGGUUACGAGGUUGAAGGUCAUACAUUGUCCUGAUGAGUUUGCGGUUUCGGCAUUGCAGAGGAAUAAGGAGGGUGGUGAUGUGGGGGAUGAGUAUAGGCAAUUUAAGAGGGGACAGACUGUGUUGGCUUUCCCCAUGAGUUUUCCAAGGGGUUAUGGGGCGCAGAAGAAGGUGAGGGCAUGGAUGGAGGAGUUUCAGAAGUUGCCAUACAUUUCUCCCUAUGAGGAUUCUAGGCAAAUUGAUCCUAAUAGUGACCUUAUGGAGAAAAGGGUUGUUGGAGUGUUGCAUGAGUUAUUGAGCUUGACUAUUCAUAAGAAGACCAAGAGGAACUAUGUGAGGAUUAUUAGAGAGGAGUUGAAUCUUCCACAUAAGUUUACAAGAAUCUUUACAAGGUAUCCCGGGAUUUUCUAUCUUUCGUUGAAGUGUAAAACAACCACGGUAGCACUCAGGGAAGGUUACCAACGAGGGAAGCUAGUGAACCCGCAUCCACUUGCGCAUUUGAGAGAGAAGUUUUAUCAUGUAAUGAGAACAGGGCUUAUUUAUCGCAAUAAAGGUGUGAAUAUGCUGUCUCAGCAAGAUAUGUUGCUUGACAAUGUGGAGACUGAAAGUGGUCAAGACGACUAUGAAGAGGAAGAGGUUGGAACAGGAGAUGAAUGCGAUGAAGAUGAAGAAUCAGACUUGGAUUCGGAAGAAUAUGAUGAAUACUGAUUCUGCUUGACUGAAUAUUUUGCUUAGCAAUCGUCACUCCCUUUCAAGUAAGAUUGUCUUGGCAACGGUCAAGUUAACUGUUUUCUUUCUUGUGUAGUGAACAUUUGCGCUUUCUUAUUUAUAGUCUAGUGUCAGGCGAAUCAGAAAUGUUACUGAGAUUAUGUUGAUUUUCUUGUACAAAUGUGAUGAUGAUUCUGACAUUUAAGUUUCCUUCAAGGGUAACCAAUGCUUCUUUGAGGCUACACAGUUAUACAUCUAGUGGUCUUUUAAUAGCUAAUCAAAGAAUCCAAGUUUUGUUC